CGCCGAGCUCGGAAACAAAACAGACUUGUUACCUGUGCAGUCCGUUUCCCAUGGAGCACGUGGGCGUGCAUGGCGGUGGCGACGCCGCGUUCCUUCGCGGCCUCGAGGCGCUGGAGGUGGACGUGGAGCAGCAAGAGGAGAUAAUCGACUUCGAGGCAGAGCCGCCGGGCUCUUCUGAAUCGGUCGAGAUCUCCGACCUCAGGAAGCGCAUGUGGAAGGACCAGAUGCGCCUCAUGAAGCUCGAGGGCCGCGCCGGGGCCAGGAGCGGUGCGCCGGCCGGGCGGCAGGAGGACCGGGAGGAGGACGGUCCCGAGGCGCGGUGCCGGCGGAAGGCGAUGCUCCGCGCGCAGGACGGCGUGCUCCGGUACAUGAUGAAGAUGAUGCAGGCCUGCAACGCGCGCGGGUUCGUGUACGGCGUGAUCGACGAGGCCGGCGAACCCACGUCCGGCUCCUCCGACAGCCUCCGCGGCUGGUGGAAGGACAAGGUCGUCUUCGACCGCACGGGCCCGAAGGCGCUGAUCACCGGCAGCUCCGCCGCCGACGGUAGCAGCAGCCCGCUAGGCCUGGCCUCCUACCUCCACCGCCUCCAGGGCAUCCAGGACAACACGCUGGGCUCCGUGCUCUCGGCGCUCCUCCAGCACUGCGAGCCGCCGCAGCGCAACUUCCCCCUUGAGCGCGGCCUGGCGCCGCCGUGGUGGCCGACGGGGAAGGAGCCGUGGUGGGGCACGCAGGGCGAGACGCAGGCCCACCAGGGCGCGCCGCCGUACCGGAAGCCGCACGACCUGAAGAAGGCGUGGAAGGUGUCCCUGCUGAGCGCGGUGAUCAAGCACAUGAGCCCGCGCUUCGACCAGAUGCGCAGGCUCGUGUGGCAGUCCAAGCGGCUGCAGCACAAGAUGAGCGCCAAGGAGUCCGACACCUGGUGCAAGGUGCUCCGGCAGGAGGAGGCGCUCAGCGACCGGCUCAAGAGCUCGCUUCGGAUCACGCCCCUCGACGACGACUACGACGGCGAGGGACUGGAGGACGGUCCGGAAGAUGUGGCGCGUGGCCCGCAUGACAAGCGCAAGUGCGAGGACGCCCUGAGCGGCAGCUCAGGUGGGAAGUGGCCCAGACCACGAGGCGGGAGCCGGGACCUGGCGGCGAUGGUACCCGGGCUCGUCGAGGAGAGCCAGAGCCCGAUCAAUGAGCUCAUGGAGCUGUACUACAGCUGCCUGCAGGGAGGCGACGGGGAGGAGAAACACGAUGUGGCGGUGGUACCUCCAGGAGUGCCGGGAGGAGCCAAUGAUGUUGCACAGCAAUUCCUGCUCGAUGUCAUCGGGAGCUGCCCGGAAGUAGAUCAUGUGUUGCGUUUGAUGGAGGAGUGACUGUCUUAGUUGAACUAGAUUAAUGAUUAUUACUUAAUUCUCACCUUUAUUGCUAA